UAACACACUCUAAUUGCCUUUCAGACCUCAGCUGUAAGUGUGAGUGUGAGCAAGGCCUGUUAAUGAGAACAGGUGCUGUCUGGGGGUUUUAGGUUAGAAAAUGUUUGUUUGCCUGUGCAGGAUUCUUGAUUGGUUGGGAGAAAGUGAUAGAAAUGUUUAAAUUGUGCCCUACACUCAGUUCUGAGGAUGACUGGACAGGCUUCACUAAGGAAUCAGGAGUUUGUGUAAUCAAUGGGAGUACAUUAAAGGCUAAUUAUGGAGGUGGUAGUUCUGUUGUUUUGCACGCUGGUGGGGUUGGAGGCGUAUCCGAUCCCUGACAGCGGCAGUAAUGAGGCUCUGAUGCAGCUACACCAGUUCUAUGGAGCUUUACAAUAUCAGCUGAUGAAUUACAGGCCUCCAGCAGGACCCCCCAAAAAGGACCCAUCAGUGAAUCCUCAGAUAAAUACAGGUGCUACAGCCCCUCCCCUAAAGCCACAGGUGCCUCCGCUCCUCUCUAACCUCCACACACUGAUGAGACUCCAGCACCACAACUCAGAAGAAGGAAACAUGCCAAACCUCGCAGCAAUGUUUCCUCAGUACUUUCCCACAGGCGUCCAGCCUGCUCCUCCACCCGCUGGCUCUGAUGAGAACGAGAUGGAGGAGGCAGAGCCAGCAGAGCCUUCGCCAACAGAGAGCCUUCCUGCCACACCUACAGGACCAUCCCCCCCUGAACUGCACCCAGGCACUGUGGUCAUACCUCCUCCAUCUGAAGCACCUGGACCUGUUUUCGUUCAAGGAAACACGGUGAUACAGGGCCCAGGUGUGGUACCGGGAACACAUCUUUCACCAGGUUUAGGUCCGAGUGUUGGGCCUGGACCAGGUGUGGUACAAGCUCCAGAUUUUUCACUUAGUCUUGGCCCAGGUGUCGUACUAAGACCAGGUGUGGUAAUGAUCCCAAGUGUGGUGCAAGGUCAAGGUAAUACACCAUAUAUAGGACAAGGUGUAGUUCCUGGUUCAGGUUUGGCACAAGUUCCAGAUAUUUCACCUGGUCUAGUUCAAGGUGUCACACCUAGACCAAGUGUUGUAGAAAGUUCAGGUGUUUCGCUUGCCCUAGCUCCAGAGGCUGUACCUGGACAAGCUGUGGUAGUGAGCCCAAGUGUGGUACAAGGUCCAGAAGUUUUACCUGGUCUAGAUCCAAUUGUGGAAGCAAGCCCAGGUGGGACAGCAGGACCUAGUGUAAUACCUGUUCCAGAUGUGUCACCUGGCCCAGGUGUGACUGGAGGCUUUUACCCAGGGCUUAAUAUACAGCCAGGUGUGCACACAGGUGUGAAUACAGUUAUAGCUGUUCAACCAGGAGUGGACAUGGGUGGUGUUAUUAAUGCAGGCGGUGGCACAGGUGUGGCUACAGGUUUUGGGGGAAGAUCAGGAGGUGUUCAUGUAAGCUUUGGGAUGCAACCAGGAGCAGGUGUGAUGCUGGACAACGGACUGUGGCUGCCUGGGUUGGCUGUAGGUGCAGAGGGGUGGGGCAUACCUGUCCUCAUCUCACCUGGACUGGCUGGACUCAAAGCUCCUGUAACCGUCCCUCCAAAGACCACUCCAGACGUCUCCAGCAUAAAUCUGGAGCCAAAGGGCAACAUAGAGAAUCCACUGCCCUAAAAUUAUAGAAAUACAAAGCUCAUAUAUUCUGUUGGAGCCAAAAUCUGUUAAACUAUAGUGUUCAUUCUGAUUUACAUGUAUCUACACAACACUAUGUUAAAUCAUUAAUUACACUUCUUACUGUAAUCACAAUCAUGAUCGAAUAUUUUACUUCUCCUGUUGAAAUCAAUAAAUAAUCCACAAUGUACCAAU